AUAAUAGAAGAGAACGAGAUGGAGAAGAAGUCUGCACGGACAUAGCGUGUUCAGUCAACCUGGUGGCGCUGGACAACCAACUGUCGGCAGUGGAGAAACUGUUAGCCGACUUCGAAGAACUCACAGUUCGGUGCAGGUGUUGUCGAUCGUGUUGUUUCAUUUUGGAUUAUAUACGUGCAUUUGCCAUAUUACAAUUUCGAAAAUCUAAAAACGUGAUUAGUGCGUAAAUUUUUAAUUAGAAUAAAGUCUUUCACUUGGGAACACAAUGGUCAGCAAGGAUUCGAAAAUGGUUACUCCGGAGAUGGCAAAUCCUUAUCUUAAACCGCCGAGUAUGUCAACCAGCCAGUCUUUAAAAACUUUUAUUUACAAUCGUGAAACUGGUGCCUUUCUAGGCAGAACAGCUAGUAGUUGGGGUAAAAUAGGAUUGUUCUAUUUGAUAUUUUACGGGGUACUAGCCGCACUGGUUGCAAUUUGUUUUUGGGGUUUCUUUCAAACGUUAGAUCCAAGGAUACCGAGAUGGCAAUUAGAACGUUCAAUAAUUGGGACAAAUCCUGGUUUGGGAUUUAGACCACAACCACCAUUAGAGAAUGUAGAAAGUACGUUAAUUUGGUACAGGGGAACUGAUAGCGAGAAUUUUAAAUAUUGGAUUGAUUCUCUGGAAUUGUUUUUAAAAGAUUAUAUAACACCAGGUUCGAUUCCUGGUCUUGGUGCAAAUAUUAAUAAAUGUGAUUACAAUCAACCACCACCUCCUGGUAAAGUCUGCGAUGUUGAUGUUAAAAAUUGGUAUCCUUGUACUAAAGAGAAUAAAUAUAAUUAUCAUAAAUCCGCUCCGUGUAUAUUUCUUAAACUUAAUAAGAUAUAUGGUUGGAAACCAGAAUUUUAUAACGAUACGAAUUCAUUACCUCAAAACAUGCCGAUCGAUCUCAAAGAGCAUAUCACUGGAUUAAAAAAUACUUACCAGCUUGACACAAUUUGGGUAUCUUGUGAAGGAGAGAAUCCAGCAGAUCAAGAAAAUAUAGGACCAAUCGAAUAUAUUCCACGAAGAGGAUUCCCUGGUUAUUUUUAUCCUUUUGAAAAUUCAGAGGGUUAUCUCAGUCCUUUGGUGGCUGUUCAUUUCGUCCGUCCUCGCACUGGAAUUUUAAUAAACGUAGAAUGCAAGGCGUGGGCGAGAAACAUAAAACAUAGCCGCCAUGACAAAAUGGGCGUAGUCCAUUUCGAAUUGAUGAUAGAUUAACAUCGUUUACAUACGUUUCUCUGGUCUCUCCUUUGUUAGCGUACAGAAAUUCAAAGCGAAUCUCAUGUUUUCUGACUCUUCCACAUAGCUAAAUACUUUUAAAACGAUUUACGAAGUCGUUAGAAAUCGAUGACCGCUGCCAAAUGUGGAAGGAACUUUCAUCAAGUACAAAGUUAAAUGGAUUUUUGAUGUUUGUACCAUUGAAAAUCCGAUAUCUAUUAAAUUUCUACGUAUCGAGGAAAAAUAUAAAAUUUGAAAAUUUUGUUUUAUAUUUAUAUCUUAUUUUAUUAGAUAAAAAAGAAUGAAGAAAAAGAAUAUAUUUACUUUGUAUAUUUAUUUUAUACGUGAAGGUAAUUUCAUUUUAUUCAUAAUUAAAAAUUGUAUAUUUUACAAUUAAAUUUUAAUAAUAAAUUUUAAUAUAGGCUAUCGUUUUUUCUCGAUACUGUAGCUGAAUAUAAUAUUUCGUAUUUAUAUUAUGUUCUCAAUUGUGUAAUUAACUUACAAUUAAUGAAUGCAGAAAUUUUAUCCUACUUCUAUAGAUUCUAUUUCGGUUCAAAAACUUUUGAUCCUACGUUAAUUUUGAAUUCGAAUAACGAUUUUUACAAAUUAGAUAUAUAUUUUAUAAAUAAGCGAGAUCAAUAUUUAAAACAAAUGAACAAAUACAGCGUUACAAAUAUAUUCAGAUAUAAUUGGAUAAAAAAAUGAUGUAAGAUUUAGAUAUUAUAAUUAAUUACAAAUUUGGUAUUUUUCUUUAUUAUGAAAACUCAUUAUAUCUAUUGAAAAUAGAUCUCUUAAUAAACAAAGUAACAGAGAUAAUAUAUAUCUCUUAUCUUUGUAUAUACAUUAUAUAUAUAUUGCUUCUAUGUAAAUGUAUUAUAACUGUGUAUACAUAUAUUUUUAUAGUUAAGACUUUCUUCUUUUAAAUUAUCAUUUUUGUCAUUUAUUUA